UGUCCUGUGACUGCCCUGGGUGUACCUGCCUGUGUUGAAGGGAACACAGCCUCUGUAGUCUGCUCAGGAAACCAGACCCAGCUGCUCCCUCAUUGUAAGGACUCACUGUCUGAUUCAGCAGGCUCCACAGCCUCACCCAUACAGGCUAUCAGCUGCUCAGAUAGCAGAAAGCUGCGCCUGGUGGAUGGGGGUGGUCGCUGUGCCGGAAGAGUGGAGAUCAUGCAUCAGGGAUUCUGGGGCACCAUCUGUGCUGACAGCUGGGGCCUGAAAGAUGCUGACGUGGUGUGCAGACAGCUGGGCUGUGGAGUGGCCCUCAAUGCCACAGCCUUUGCUUACUUUGGUCAAGGAUCUGGGCCUAUCUGGUUGGAUGAGGUGAACUGCACAGGAGAAGAGUUACACGUUUGGAAAUGUCCUUCCCUGGGCUGGGGAAAACACAACUGUUGGCACAAGGAAGAUGCAGGUGUCAUUUUCUCAGAGUUCCUGGCUCUCAGGUUGAUGAGUGAGGACCAGGAGUGUGCUGGAUGGCUGGAGGUUUUCUACAAUGGGACCUGGGGCAGUGUCUGCUGCAGCCCCAUGGAGGACAUGACCUUGUCAGUGAUCUGCAAACAGCUUGGUUGUGGGGACAGUGGGACCCUCAGCAGUUUUCUUCCUGGAAGGGAAGGCUCUAGACCCCAGUGGGUGGAUGGAAUACAAUGCCAUAAAACUGAUUCCUCUCUCUGGGAAUAUCCUUCUGAUGCUUGGACAAACAGAUCUUGCCUGCCAAGGGACGCAACUUAUAUCACAUGUGAAGGGACAAGACACAAGAGAUGUCCAGCGACUGACUCCUGCACAGACAAAGAGAAGCUGCGGCUCAAGGGUGGAGACACUGAGUGCUCAGGGCGUGUGGAGGUAUGGCACAAAGGCUCCUGGGGCACAGUGUGUGAUGACUCCUGGGGCCUGGAAGAGGCCGAGGUGGUGUGUCAGCAGCUGGGCUGUGGUCCUGCCCUGGAUGCCCUGGGAGAAGCUGCAUUCAGCCCUGGAAAUGGAAGCAUCUGGCUGGAUGAGGUGCAGUGCUGGGGCGAGUCCUCACUGUGGGCCUGUGCUAGUGCACCCUGGGGACAGAGUGACUGCAAGCAUGAGGAGGAUACUGGUGUAAGGUGCUCAGGUGAAUGCCAGGACCAGAGUCAAGGGCUGAAGCUUUCUGUAUCAAUACCUGUUCCAGGUUUCUUUUCAUUACCUGUGAUCAUCUGCAUCAUUCUGGGAGCCCUGCUUUUUCUGGUCAUCAUCCUUGGAACUCAGUUGCGCAGAUGGAGAAGUGAGAUCCGAGACUUUUCCACUUUUGAAGAUCCUCUACAUGAGGUCUUCUAUGAGGAGAUAGAUUAUACCACAACAACACAGAAGGACAACCUCUUUGACAACCCAGAUCCUCUAGCAAAUAAUGUUAAUGUCACAGAAAAUGGCUAUGUUGAUGUUGAAGAGUUACCUGUUCCUAAAAUUUCAUCUUCCCCUGAGAUGGUUGAGAGGCACAUUUCCCUGAAAGGUGGAGCUAUUUCCAGAAAUUCUCAGACAGGCAUGCCGCUUCAAUCUCAAAGAGAAACUGCCAACUCCAGCACUGGAAAGAAGACAUCUUCACUGUCACUGGGUCAAGAAGAUGCUGGAUAUGAUUACGUUGCCCUUAAUGACAUGUAG